ACACUACACAACACUAACUUAACUGUUAUGUAAACACACUUUAAUCACGACUGUAUGUGUGGCACAUCAGCUGGAUGUGACCUAUUCAUUUUAUUCUAAGCCGUUUUCUGUCUGAAUUCCUGUUUUGCGUGUUCAUCUUUUGAAAGGAUACGAUAAGACCAUGGCUGAGACCACUGAGCUGAGCUUUCGCAAUAAAACAGCCCUUGCGCCGAUGGUUCGGUGUGGGACAUUACCGAUGAGGCUCCUCGCGCUGGACUACGGUGCCGAUAUUGUGUAUUGCGAGGAGCUAAUAGAUAUAAAAAUGGCUCAGUGCAAUCGAAUUGUUAAUGAGGAGCUGGAGACGGUGGAUUACGUCGCCCCGGAUGGCCGAGUCAUGUUCAGGACGUGCAGCCGUGAAAAGGACAGGGUUGUUUUCCAGAUGGGAACAGCAGACCCACAGAGAGCGUUGACUGUCGCCCAACUUGUGCAAGAUGAUGUUGCUGCCAUUGACGUGAAUAUGGGGUGUCCUAAGGAGUACUCUACUAAGGGUGGCAUGGGAGCUGCUCUUCUCUCUGACCCGGACAAGAUAGAGACGAUUUUGACCACACUUGUGAAUGGACUGUCCAAACCUGUUACAUGCAAAAUCAGAGUUCUUCCAUCACUGGAAGACACUGUAAGAUUGGUGAGAAGAAUAGAAAGAACUGGAGUGUCUGCCAUUGCAGUACAUGGCAGGAUGAAGGAGGAAAGAAAUCAGCAACCUGUUCACUGUGACUACAUCCAGGCAGUGGCUGAGGCCGUAUCCAUACCUGUUCUUGCUAAUGGUGGCUCUCUUGAUUUGGUGAAGACCCACUCAGAUAUCGCAAAGUUCCGUGAGGCAACCGGGGCUUGCUCAGUGAUGCUCGCCCGUGCCGCCAUGUGGAACCCCUCUAUCUUCUGCAGCCAGGGGCCAGUGUCUAUUGACGAAGUCAUGGAGGAAUACAUUAAAUAUGCGGUUCGUUAUGACAAUCAUGCUUUCAACACCAAGUACUGCCUGUGUCAGAUGCUGAGAGAGAGACUGGAGUCACCCAUGGGCAAACUGCUUCAUGCUGCGCAAACCAAUAAGGAGAUCUGUGAGGCGUAUGGUAUGAUGCAAUACUAUGACGAAAUUGAGUCAGAGCUACAACGUCGAAAAGAAGGCCUCCAGAAGAACAAUAUCAACCUAAGCCACCCUACAUUAGAGGGAGAUGUCUGGAUCAUGCCUGUUCGGUUUGAGAGGAGAGAGUACCCUCCUCAGAUAACGCCUAAGAUGUACCUGCUUGAGUGGAGUCGCCGUGAGAAACUGGGGCAGCCGGUGUAUGAGACGGUACAGCGUAGCCAGGACAGAGGCUUCCAGUCCACUGUGGCCGUGGCGGAGAAGAAGUACAGAUCCACCCUGUGGGAGAAGUCAAAGAAGUUUGCGGAACAGGCGGCCUCCGUUGUGUGUCUGCGUGUUCUGGGGGUGCCGGAGGGACGGGUGGGGGAGGACAGCUGUGGACUGGUGAAUAAGAGAAAGCGGGAGGAGGAGAACAAGAAUGGGGCGAUCCAGCCAGAGGACAGUCCACCAGCGCCAGAGUUAGACGGCAGGAAAAGACACAUCACCCUGUCACCCCAGAAAGCAGAAGAGCCUACGAAUAGAACUUGCACGCAACCUGUUGUGAAUGGCUCACACCAUAGUCAGACAGCUUCUUAGCCUCAGCCUAAUCAUAGCAUCCUCAAUAUAAUUACGGGCCUUAUUGAAUGUUUUUAAUAACAGAAUGCCUGCUGUUCGAAGGCCGGUAAAGGAAGGAAGGGCUCGAAUCCAUGCAUUAUUCUGUUCAAACUGGACCACAAAGUUUAAGUUAUGCUUUCUCAACAUUCUACUCCAUGUCUGCUGUGGGGAAGUGUUGGGAUUCAACUAUGCUGACAUGGUGUAUCUUCGGUUUCCUUCAACAUGUUUUCAGUACAAACAGCUUUUAUUUUGAAAAGAUGUUUGGUUCUUCAUUGCAUGAUAGUCAUGAAAAUAUUUAAUUGUCUUCUCAACAGUUUUUAUACACAGUAUCAUUUCUCAUCUGCUAAGAACAGACAUUCUGUAAAGCCUAGAGUUCAAAAGUGCCUCUGUCAACACCAUUCAGUUGGAGUUGAAACUAAACGGAGUUCCUUAAACCAUUACGAGUUAUGAAUGACCCGAUUGAACCUGUAGAGGGCAACAAAGGUGUAUUUGUUGAGUAAGGAAGUGUUUACCUUAUUCUUAAUUUUAAAAUGUCUUACAAGUGUUAGAGAAAUGACAUGUGUCAAUUUAAUUUCACUGUGGUUUGACUAAAGGGUUACCAAGGAAUUGGGGUUUCAAAUUGAAUUUAAUUAAAACACUUUAUUGUUUGAAA